CGGCCCGAGUGGCAGGGACUGCGCCGCCUCCGUCGAUGCGAGAGGGGCGGAGCCGAGGGACCCGGGCUUCGGCGGAGGGAGGGGGGCCACCAUGGGCGGCUGAGGGGAGCCCAGUCCAGAGGCGGCCCGUGUCGGCGGCCAUGGCCGAGGAUUACUGGGACUCGACAACCGCAGUAGUAGCCCACGACCAGUGACUCCAGCCAUUACCCCACCAUGGAUCGGAUGAAGAAGAUCAAGAGGCAGCUGUCCAUGACACUGCGGGGGAGCCGGACGGUAGAAAAGAACCUCAAUGAGCCCAUCAAUAUAGAGGAGAACAACAUCAGUGAUAAUGGCCCCACAGUGAAGAGUGUGCGUCCUAGCACCUCCCGCAGCGUUCACGCCUUCCUGCAUCACUACGCAGGCUCCUUCCGCAGGCCCCGCUUGGCCGUCAGCCGCAGCCUGAGCACUCACCUCAACCGCACCGCCCGACUAGAAAUUGUCCAAGAAGACCUGAAGAUGGGUUCAGAUGGUGAGAGCGACCAGGCAUCGGGGACGUCAUCAGAUGAGGUUCAGUCUCCAGUCCGAGUGCGUAUGCGCAACAACCCAACGCGCAAGAUCUCCACUGAGGACAUUAACAAGCGCUUGUCGCUCCCGGCUGACAUCCGUUUGCCUGAAGGCUAUCUGGAGAAGCUAACCCUCAACAGCCCUCUCUUUGACAAGCCCCUGAGCAGACGGUUACGGAGAGUCUCUUUGUCGGAGAUUGGUUUUGGGAAGCUGGAGACGUAUGUGAAGCUGGACAAGUUGGGAGAGGGAACGUACGCCACUGUCUACAAGGGAAAAAGCAAACUCACUGACAACCUGGUGGCCCUGAAGGAAAUCCGUCUUGAGCAUGAAGAAGGCGCCCCUUGCACAGCCAUCCGGGAAGUUUCACUUCUGAAAGAUUUGAAACAUGCCAACAUAGUGACCCUGCAUGAUAUCAUCCAUACAGAGAAAUCCCUCACACUUGUCUUCGAGUAUUUAGAUAAAGACCUGAAACAGUAUCUAGAUGAUUGUGGCAAUGUAAUAAAUAUGCACAAUGUGAAGUUGUUCCUGUUCCAGCUACUGCGUGGCCUAGCCUACUGCCACCGUCAGAAGGUGCUGCACCGAGACCUCAAACCCCAGAACUUGCUAAUUAAUGAGCGAGGGGAGCUCAAACUAGCAGAUUUUGGAUUGGCCCGGGCAAAAUCAAUUCCCACCAAAACCUACUCCAAUGAAGUGGUAACACUGUGGUACCGACCACCUGAUAUCCUCCUGGGCUCUACAGAGUACUCUACACAGAUUGACAUGUGGGGUGUGGGCUGCAUCUUCUAUGAGAUGUCCACAGGACGGCCGCUGUUUCCAGGCUCCACAGUUGAGGAGCAGCUGCACUUCAUUUUUCGGAUAUUAGGGACACCCAAUGAAGAGACGUGGCCAGGAAUCUUAUCCAAUGAAGAAUUCCGAACCUAUAAUUAUCCCAAAUACCGUCCUGAGGCCCUGAUUAACCAUGCCCCUAGGCUGGACAACGAUGGGGUGGACCUUCUGGGAAAGCUGCUGCAGUUUGAAGGCAGGAAGCGGAUCUCUGCAGAUGAGGCCAUGCGGCACCAGUUCUUCCACAGUCUGGGAGAGCGAGUCCUCAAACUCCCAGACACAACGUCAAUAUUUGCACUAAAGGAGAUUCAGUUACAGAAAGAGACGGGGCUGAGAUCGGCUUCCCUGCCUGAAUCUGUGAAUGGGCAGAACGGACGACCGAGCCUGCUGCUUUGAAGGCCACAGAUACAGGCUCCCAGAGAAAGGGGGCAGAAAAGAAACCAGUUCCCCAUCACCACCCUGCGGGCAUACCCACGGUUGGGCGGCUUCUUUGUAUUGAACUGUGGAGUGUGGACUUGUGUUGGGAUUUUUUGCAAGGCUGAAGGAGGAGGUCACUGCGCCCUGGUCCAAGGAGAUGCAUGACUUGCCCCCUGUGUGGAUGCCCCUCUACUGCUGGGACAGACUUUCUCCUUCUCAUAUUCUCUCUCUCACACACACACACGCAAACAUGGGGUUUCAUUUUAUUUUUUAAGUUUUAUUUUUUCAAUGCAAUAUUAUAAAUAUUAUAUUUGAAAAUAUCUAGGAAGAGAGACAUCCGCUGCCCUAGCCUCACUGGGUGUGGGGUGUGUACAGUAUUAACUACAAGGGAGCAGAACAACAACCCCCCACCCCACUCCAAUCCCAAUUGGGGCAGGGAAAGAAACAGAAGAGAAAGGAAGAAGAAGCACAGGGGCCAUUAUAUCUGUGGGUCCAUUGUCCUGUGCUCUCGAUAUGUCCAGGGACACUGGCGUUUCCUUGGAAUUUUGGAAGAUGGUGGAUCUUUAUUUCAUAUGAAAUCUCUCCCACCCAACUCAUUACAAUUGCCUUCCCAUGAACCUGGGGUGGCAGUUCUGAUGUGGAUGCUUGUUUAAGAGACUUGAUGUACGGCAGGUGUUCCUUAGUGGACUCUCUUGAGUCUUCUGGGAAUAUGGCCCAUCUUUUCCUUCAACCCUCCUCUUCAGCUGUUGGGUUCUUCAUCCAAGUGAUUUUACUGUUGCCAGCUGUCCCCCUGUUCUGCAGGAUGUUUCAGCUCAGGUAGACAGCCCUCCUCCCCCCCCCUCAAUUUUCUCCUUGCACCAAAGCCAAGUCUCUCAUUUUUGUCUCUUGUAUGUCUUCCAUAGGUCCCAAUUCACACCUUGCUUGGGCUCUUCUCCACACAUUUAGUUGGCACUGCCCAUCUCAGCUGAGUUCCUCUUGAUCAACAACCAUGCCUCUUGCAUUACUUGCUUAGCACUCAGGGUUUGCACUUACACAAUUCCUUUGCCUUUGCAGACAUUACCCAUAGGGAAUGUAGGCACAGGCCCCAAGUGGAAGAAGUUCCUAAUGGAUCAUGUCUUGUUCCCCACCCCACUCUUUUCAUAGUUCAUUUUUAAUAAUACUCACCCAGGCUUUUCUCUGAUGUUAUGGCAUUUAGUUGGUUUUCAUGCAAAUGCUCACCUUACACUUUUCUUGAUCCUUACUCCAAUUAUUCUUGAAUUUGCCAUACUGGCCCUUGGCAAUAUUACCACCUUGACCUAGCCUAUGACAGCUUUGCUUUGCUGCUUCUCAGUCCUUGCUCAAAAGGAUUGUGUCCCUUCACCUUUAUUCCCUCCUGGAUCAAAAAAAUAAAUCAGCAUCUGUUGUGAGGUUACUUAGCCACCACUCCACCCUCACAUCCCCAGGGCAAUCCUUACCCUCUGGAGAGCUGUGCAAGGGUAAAUGAGUCCUCAGCUCAGUCCUCUUAAAGGAUAACCAAUUCCUGUCCAGGGCUCCAUCAACUUACUCCCUGGGUAUCAGCUCCAAAAGCCCUGUUCCUGAGUCUUUCCUCGAAAGACUUUGUUGCCCUUGGUCUUCUGUGUCAUCCUUUGCAACCUGUAAGCCACAGCUCCUCAAAGUAAGUCUGUAAGCCUUUAACCUUUAGACCAACCUUUCCCAAGCUGGCACUCUUCAGACAUUUUUGUACUAAACUUCUCAUUACCAUAGCUAUGGAGGCCAGUAGAUAUUAGAAGUUGUGCAUUAUCUUGGGGAUUGUUGAUUUUAGACAUACAGAUCCCCAAAGAAUCCUACCUAGACUAGGAAUCCUGAAAGAAAUUGGCUCCCUUUCUUCAGUAGGUUCCUGAAAAAGAAAUGCCUGCAACCCUUGUCCCUAACUUAAAUAAUUAAGGAACCAGGAUUGUUCCUUUCAGCCCAGGGCACAGAUACCUGGGUAUAUGGACCUGAAGGAUGAGAAUACAGAUCUUUCUUCUUAUAUGUGUAUAAUCAAGAUGGUACCCAAACAUCCUCCCUUUGAUUACAACCAAUAUAUAUAUAUAUAUAUAUACACACACACACACACACACACACACAAUGUGUUUGUGUGUAUAUAUGUACAUAUGUAACCAUUUUUAUAUGCAGCAUGAUGCACUUGUAAGGCUAAAAAAAAUCCCCACCCCAGCCCCUGAUGAGAGCCAUAAUAUUAAUAUUGUUAUUACUAAUUAUCCUCAGGCAACAUAGGAUGUUUGACGGUGCCUCCUCUAUAGAGGACAUGCAGAAACAUAGCCCACUUUGUUUAUAGGAUGCAAAGAAUUAGCAGCGCAGGGCCCAGCUUGGCACUCAGGUGCAACUGCCCCUUGUAGUGGAAAAAUCUGAGGCAAAUCUCAAUGCCUGAUCUGAUACCAAAGGAUAGCCACGGUGAACAAGCUGAGGAGAACUAAUGCUCAGGGGAUAAUAGGGUUGUGUUUAUACAAAAGGGUCUUAAAAAGGAAAAAAGGCCAGUCUCUUUUCCAUUCAACAGACAACCACAAAGGGUCUCUUUUUGCCCAACAAGCUGCCUGCAUGACCCCCAGUCCCUGCCUGGUCGCUCCAAACCCUGGCCUUCCAAUUCUUUUCUUUCUGUUUACUCUCUAGUUUGCACCUUACAACUUGAAGAGCUUGCAUUAGGUGGGCUUGUUUGCUGAUCCCAUAAUCCCAAUUGUCUUCUUCCUACCUAGAACUUUCUUUUCACGACUUGGCUUGUGAAUGCAAAAGGUCUCCCUGUCUCAAGCUUAAAUGCCAUCUCAAGCUUUGAGUUUUCAACUCUGCUUCCAACAGGAGCUUGCCAUGAAAAGGAUAUGUCUUUUUGUUGCUCCUUUUCCUGCACUCCAUUAUACAGACAUAACGUUUAACCUGGUUUAGUUUAUCAGUAGCCAUAGUUUGUGGCCUUAACACUGAUUAAGAUUUCAGGUGUAAAAGUGAACCCAUAAUAGUGUUUGCCAAGCUAAAUCCUGUUUGAGCAUGUCUUGAGGAGGCAUUAGAAAGACUGAAAAGAUGGGAGAACUGCCUUAACCAUGGGUUACUUGAAGCAGAGACAAUGAGGUAACUGUGAGUAAUACAAAGCAUAAAUUGUAAGACCCAUUUUAAACCAUGUUUGCAGCCAUUCCUUACUUGUAAGUAUCAGCUUACUUGCGUGUACCAAAAGAAAAACACUUAACCAUGGUUAAGGACGACAAACUAUGGCUAAUUGUCAUGUCUAUAUAGGGCUGGUUUGAAUUCCUGUUAUAAUGUCAUCUGAGUGAAAUAGUGCGGAAACAUUGGUCAAGAUAUAUGGUGCUGUUUUUUGGGGGCCAGAAUCCAAUAUGGCUUGGCUCAUGAAACUAUUUCCUAUUUCAUGUGUUGCUGGAAGAGAAGAAAUGGGCAUUCUAGAGUACAGAGGAAAGGUAGCAAAGGUGGAUAUGUGAGAUACUCCUGUUCUGCAAACAGAAAUUUGUUUUGUCCUGAGUUGUCGGGUCUUAAGACACUGAUAACUAUGGGGAUUGUAGUUUGGGCCGGGUGCUGAAGUAUUGGUCCACACCUGAGGAGAAGGAUCAUCCAGGUGUGAGAGGGAAACCGAAGAUGGCCUCUUGGACAAUGAAUGUACAGAGGGUCUGGACUUUGUUGGUUGAGGGGAAAGGGGAGAAGCCUAGAAUUGGUUUCUGAACUGGAGGUGAUCAACCCACUCUUUCUUGCAGCCAACAGCAACCCUGGAGUGGAUAAUCAUUAGCAUGUGGGAUGGAUUACUCCAUGCGCUUCCAAGCCCCACCCCUCCUUUCACAGAAUAGUGGUGGAGUUCAAAUGUCCUGUUUUGGAAAAAGGAAACCCCUCCCAUUUUUGAACUUGAACUGAGGGAGCAGACUUCCUUUAUUGCAGAUAUGAUCAGGGCAGAGGAACAGUCCCCUGGGGGAAAGAAAUGAGCCGAAUUCUCCUUCCCAGAUGCUCCCUCCACCCCUUGGUGUGGCGGUUGAAGGGGUUAACAAAUGCGCCAUAUCCAAAUGUACGGAACUGAUUAAAAGUCUCCAACAAUU